AGGGUGCUCGCCUCCUCUUCUCCCAAAUUACUCAGAAGAAAGAAACAGAGAAGGGGAUUUCACAGAAAAUCUUUCAGGUCGUGAAAUUUCAUGUCCUUUCGAGGCAGUUUCUGAUCCAUUUCCGACGUUGGCACUUUGCUAUACGCUGCUUCUCUGCGGCGUGUCUCCUUCUGCGUCUGGGAUCCCAAACAACAAGCGUUCAACGUGAGUUUUGCCGUGUACAGCGAUUGAAUCUCGAUAAAAUACGGCAAGUAACAUUCAUUUUUACCAAAGUCAGUUUGUACUUUAUUAUGUUUCUGACAUGCCUCCUGAGAAUGUUUACUAGUUGGAUGCGAUACCGUCCUGCGUAAGUGCCAUGAAGUUUCUUGGUUCUUCUCCAGCCUGGUUCAGGCUUUAAUGCGCACUGAACCUCAACUCGCCUUUCUCCCCAUAUCCAUAAUCUUGUUUUGUGAUCAUCAGCCUUAUUUUGGAAGAUGAGGUUCUUCUGCGACUUUUUGUGCACAUAAAAUUCUGAAAGGAAGAAGAAACGAGGAGUCUGAAUUCGUGCUGUGAAGCCGCAUCACCUCCUAUGCCGUUUUAACCGUCUCGACGGCACGUUUUGAGAUUGUUCAAGAGAAACGUUGAAGUAUAAACACAAGGAUAAAGAUGAAGAAGUUCCGAAAGGUUUUGGACGGGUUGACCACUUCUUCACCUGUCAAUCCAGGUGGAUCUCCCGCGUGCGGCAGUGCGGCUGGGACCCCCAGUACGGCUCCGACACCGCGGGAGCUGGAAAUCCAGGAGACACUGAUGUCUGAGCACUUCCAAAUCUGUAAGACGGUGCGUCAUGGAUUUCCCUAUCAGCCCACAGCUCUGGCAUUUGACCCCGUGCAGAAGAUCCUUGCCAUUGGCACUCGUUCCGGAGGAGUACGGCUUCUGGGACGGCCAGGAGUGGACUGUCAUUGCCAGCAUGAGAGUGGGGCGGCAGUUCUCCAACUGCAGUUUCUCAUCAACGAGGGGGCUCUGGUCACAGCUUGUGCGGACGAUACGCUGCAUCUCUGGAAUUUGCGACAGCGACGUCCGGCUAUCCUACACUCUCUCAAAUUCAACAGAGAGCGGAUCACAUUUUGUCAUCUUCCGUUUCAAAGUAAGUGGCUUUACGUGGGGACAGAGCGUGGAAAUACACACAUAGUGAACAUCGAAUCCUUCAUUUUGUCUGGAUAUGUCAUCAUGUGGAACAAGGCCAUAGAACUAUCAACAAAAACACAUCCAGGUCCUGUUGUUCAUCUGAGUGACAGUCCAAAAGAUGAGGGAAAGUUGCUGAUAGGUUUUGAGAGCGGUACAAUAGUAAUGUGGGACUUGAGGGCCAAAAGAUCUGACUUCAGGAUAUACUAUGACGAGGCCAUUCACUCAGUAAGCUGGCAUCACGAGGGGCGACAGUUCAUGUGCAGUCAUUCUGACGGCAGUCUGAGCAUGUGGAAUCUGAGAAACACCGCCAAACCUUUUCAAGUCACCUUCCCUCAUGGUGGUAGUGAAGCAUUUGUUGUCUUCUCCGGGGGUCUUUCAUAUGAUAAGGCAGGACGGAGACCAACCCUAACCAUCAUGCAUGGCAAAGCCAUCACAGUGUUAGAGAUGGACUAUCCAAUAGUGGACUUCCUAGUGCUCUGUGAGACGCCUUAUCUCAACGAGGUCCAGGAGCCAUAUGCGGUGGUGGUUCUGUUGGAGAAAGAUUUUGUUGUGGUCGAUCUAACCCAGAGCAAUUUUCCUAUCUUUGAGAACGCCUACCCCAUGGACAUCCAUGAGUCUCCAGUCACGUGCACGGCUUACUUUGCCGACUGUCCCCCCGACAUCAUACCUGUGCUUUACUCCAUAGGAGCUAAACACAAAAAGACCGGCUACAGCCACAAGGAGUGGCCGGUCGGUGGUGGCACAUGGAUGGUGGGUUCGCAGACAUAUCCAGAGAUUAUCAUCACAGGACAUGCAGACGGAUCAAUAAAGUUUUGGGAUGCCACGGCGAUCACACUGCAGAUGUUGUAUAAGCUCAAGACGUCAAAGGUGUUUGAGAAGCCUAAGAGUGGAGAUGUGGGACGCAGCGCUGAGCUUGUGGAGGAAGACCCCUACGCCAUUCAGAUGAUCAGCUGGUGCCCGCAGAGCCGUAUCUUUUGUGUAGUCGGCAUCAGCGCCCACGUCAUUCUGUACCGCUUCAGCAAACAUGACGCCAACACCACCAUCACUUCCCUAGAAGUGCGACUGCAGUGUGAGAUGGAGGACGUCAUCUCUCCGUCAGAUACAGAGAACACUCCAUGUUUUUCGGACCCCAGCGGUCUCUCGCCCCAACCUCAGCCUCCAAGUCCCCGCAGCAACACGCCGGACAGUGUGCGGGAUAGCAUCCCUUGCCUCAAGGUUAAAGAUCGUAUGAUCCGAAUGCCUCCUGGCUACCAGGCGGAGCUGGUGGUUCAGUUAUUAUGGGUUGAUGGAGAACCGCCACAACAAAUCACCAGCUUGGAUUUAAACUCUGCCUACGGACUGUUGGCUCUAGGUAACUGCAAUGGUUUGGUAGUGGUGGACUACCUGCAGAAAACCGUUCUGCUGUGUAUGAGCACCCUGGAGCUGUAUGGAUCCGCAGACCCUUUACAGCGACUAACACGCUCUCCUCGCAAAAACCGACAGUCCACAUCAGACUUUUGCAUGCGCGGCCUGUCUAACUUUUAUUCCGAUUCAAAGAAACGGAUCCGUACUUCCUACCAGAGCCUUACGGAGCUUUCUGAUAAUCAGGUGUCUUUGGACCUAGAGAGGAGCAAGUCACCCACCUCAGAUCAUGUGAAUGGACAUUGCACUAGCCCCACCUCCCAGCCCUGUCCGACUGGGAGGGCCAGAGUCCCGGGGGGCCCUGAAGGGCCACGCCUUGCCCGCAGGGGGCCAGGCCGACCGCCCUUCCGCAAGGCCCAGUCCGCCGCAUGCAUGGAGGUCUCUUUGCCUGUGUCCUCCCUCACCGAAGAGAGUCGAGAAAACUCGUUCAGCCGGUCACGGAGCUCUAGCGUUUCCAGCAUAGACAGAGAGACUAAAGAGGCCGUAACCACCCUGCAGUUUGUAGAGUCGUACGGACGUAAGUCAGACACCCUGCCUAUGCCAUGCUUGUGGGUGGGCACGAGUCUGGGCCUGGUGCUCAUCAUCCCAAUGUCCAUUCCUAUGGACGAGCAGGAACGCCAGGAAGACCCCGUUACUGUGGCCCCCACUGGCACAGUGUUAAUGCUGAAGGGCUCCGUUCUGCGGUUUGCUUUUCUGGACUGUGGAGGUGCUCUUAUCAACAGUCCCUACGAGGUGUGGCGGGACCAACAUGCCCCCGAUGACCCAGAUCGACCUCGCAAGCGGAAACUGGUCAACUUCUCGCCCUCGUCUUCUCAAGAGGCCAGUGGAGAUGGUCACUUAGCUGUAGUGUGUUCAGAGAGGCAGGCCAAGGUCUUCUUCAUGCCCUCCCAGGCCUGUCUAUAUGUGCAUAACAUCACUGAGUCGUCCUUCGUGCUGCGGGCUGACGUGGUGUCGGUUUGUAACAGCGUUUGUCUGGCCUGCUUCUGCGCCAAUGGACACAUAAUGACUUUGAGCCUUCCCAGUUUACGGCCUCUGCUAGAUGUCAGCUACCUGCCGCUAACGGACAUGCGCAUUGCUAGAACAUUCUGCUUCACCAACGGAGGGCAGGCGCUGUAUCUAUGCUCCCCCACAGAGAUACAGAGAAUCACUUACAGCCAGGAGAUGUGUGACAACCUACAGGAGAUGUUAGGGGAGCUCUUUACUCCCAUCGAGACCCCUGAGGCUCAGAACCGUGGCUUUCUCAAGGGCUUUUUUGGCGGUAACGCCCAAACCUUCGACCGAGAGGAGCUGUUUGGUGAGGCAGCGGCAGGUAAGGCGUCCCGCAGCCUGGCACAGCACAUCCCAGGUCAGGGCGGAAUGGAGGGCAUGAAGGCAGCAGCAGGCGGGGUGGUGGGAGAACUGGCCCGAGCUCGCAUUGCCCUGGACGAGAGAGGACAGAGGCUGGGGGAGCUGGAGGAGAGGACUGCCCUGAUGAUGACCAGUGCUGAAACCUUCUCUAAACACGCUCACGAGCUGAUGCUGAAAUGCAAAGACAAGAAGUGGUAUCAGUUUUAGAGGAUCCUCGAGGGAGGGCACAUUUCACGCUCGUGCCACAAGAGGGUGCUACUCUGGUACUUGGACUUUCACUCUUUUAAAGAGAGAGAGCGAACGAGACAAAUGGACCAAGAGGGACUUAAGGGCUGCUCAGCUUCUCUUCUGCCUGUGUACAGGAUUGUCUUACUCUGAUUGGUUAAAAAGGUUAAAACCAGAUUACCAUAUAAUGGACAUGUACCAUUAGCAUUUAAGAGUAAGAGGGGUUCCUUACCCAUGUUGUAAAUCAGACGACAUCUUCAUUCAUGUACAGGGGUGGAUCGGGGUCUCCUCACAAGAAGCAAAUUGGCUCACGCCGUGUAGAUACUCGGAAAGUUACGAAAUCAACAAGAGUGCAUGAAACAAAAUGGAUGACCUAUAAAAACGUAAAACUGCCAUAUUAAAAAGCAGCAUGUUACUUUAAAACAAAAUGGAAAUAAAAGAUUAACAAACUUUUAUUUAAUAACCUUAGCCAAUAAUAGAA